AUGCCAGCAGGUGACCUUCUUGUCCUGAGACUUGGUUUCCUUGGGAGUUUAAGAACUUAUGGAGGAGGAAUCGUGCUACAAUGCGGGGGUGGUGAGCAGGAAGGAACCGGCAGCCCUCCCCCGGCUGGGCUAGAGGCCUACGGGAAACCGCGCACCGGCCCACCAACCCACCGACCCACCGACCGGGACUCUGGGACCUCCCGCGUGGGGGCGCUCGCAGGCAGAGCCGGCGGCAAGGCAGGACCGGACCAGCCCCGAGUUCUAAGUUCUCGCUCUUUUCGUUUGAGCAAGAUCCCCUGUGAGCCCGCGGCCUCCAAACCGUUUGCUCGAGAGGGCGUUCCAGGCCGCCGCGUGGGUUCGGAGCGAAAGGCCGGCAGGGCGGAGGGGCAGCGGCGGCCCCCGCGGGAUCCUGUUGCUCUGGCCCUGGGAGCCCCGGGCCGGGCCAGCCACGUGCGGUGCAGGCGGCGCCCCGAUUCGCGCUGUUUCGCGAGAGCGGCCACCCGGAGCCCAGUGCCCUGCUUCCGCACCCGGGCUCGGGGCGCCGCGGCAACCGUCUUCAAAAACGGAGAAUUCCUGCGAGCGGAAUUCCCGGGCCCUGACCUGCCCCAAACGACGGCCAAAACAGAAAAUAGUGGGGUGCGGCGGGGCGUGGAGGGGGUUUGGUUGCCGAGGGCAGGCGGAGGCGAGGCGUUGCGAGACCGCUUUCAACGAAACGAGACCGAGGCCCAAGCAGGAGGCCAGGUCUGGGCGAGCGUGCGCGGGAACGGGGCUUUGCCGCCGCGGCCCGCCCACCCCUGCUUCCCCAGCCCCAACCCCAGCCCCGACGCCCCAGAGAUUCAGAACCGCCGGGAAGGCCUGAGGCGGGCGACGCAAGGGCCCCUGUCUGCCCAGCGGAUUUCUGUAGUCUGUAUAGGCUGGAAAAGUAGAGAAAAGUUCUGGUCCUCUGGUUUGGUACCGAACCCCUGCCCCUUCUCUGCUGGUCGUUGGAAAUAG